AUGGUUUGGAAAAAUAUCAACGCCGUCAUCGAAGGCAAGCUCUAUCUGGGCACGAUUGACGCCGCCAUCUCCCCUAGAACGCUGGCGGACAGACGCAUAACACACAUCGUCUCUGUCGGAUCAGAACCUAUCCCUGCGGACAAUCCUGCGUCUGGCAUCCGCCAUCUCCGCAUCCGCGUCGAAGACGUUGACUAUGCCGACUUGCUCAUCCACCUCCCGAGCGCGUGCCGGUUCAUCCACGACGGUAUCAACUCGGGCGGGGUAGUGCUCGUGCACUGUGUGCAGGGCCUCUCGCGCAGUGCCACCGUUGUCGCCGCAUACUUGAUGUACUCUCGGCGUGUUGAAGCCAGCGAGGCUAUGGAAAUUGUUCGCCGAGCGCGCGAGCAAAUUUGGAUCAUCCCUGGCUUCCAGGAACAACUCGUCCUGUUUGGUCUUUGCCAGUAUAAUCCUACACCCAACGAUGGCAUCUACGUUAGGUGGCGCCAGAAGAUCGACCGGUACCUGCAGUCCCAAGGACAAGCUCGGCGCUGAAGCGUCCCUCGAUGCGUCCGUAUCCGUUAGAGAACUUGGACUACCGGCCAGUGGCUCGGACAGACAGAAUGUCGCGUUUCACUAUAGAUCACCGAUUGCUCCCCAUGCACUCCUCUACCUUUACCGCUAGCUCUCCGUCUUCUGUUGUAGUAUCACCAAGCCGCCGUCAUAAGUCUCCCGUCUCCCGUCUAGCAUCAACUGUACUUUAACUUGCUG